GAAUUGAAAUAUAAAUAAAACUAAAUAAAAACUUAAAUUAAAAACCAAAAUCAACUUGAAAAUCUAAAAUUAGUUUUAAAUGUGAUAACGUAACAAAAAAUUUAUUCUAAAUGUUGUCAAACACGCAAAAAACGUUUGACAUAUCUCUUGACAAAGAAAUGAAAAUGUCAAAAGAUAAACAACAAAAUGUUUACCCAUCACCACCUGGUGCAUAUAAUAUUGUGAAUAGUGAAAUCAUGUCGUCCAGCACACAUUCAUUGUCCUCCAGUUUGGCAUCGCCAGGUGAUUCUGGCGUCCAACUAUUGGAUAGUGAGAGUGAUAUGGCAUCAUUGAUGUCAAUGAGUGGUCAUGAUUUUAUUGACAAAAGUGAUGAAACGUACAUGAUACGUUCCAUGGAAGAAAACGAUGAAAACUCUCAUCGAAUUUCUGUUAUAUUAAAUAAAGAUUUUCAAGUUACCACCACCGAUGUGAAAACAGUGCAAGAUAUCCCGAAUAAUGAAUUACUACAAGUUGAACCACAGAUUUUAAUGACAACAAGUGAUAUUGUUAAUCAAAAUACUACACCACCGAGUCAUGACUGGAAAAUGUAUUCACAGUCAGUACCCAACGAUUUUAUGAAACAUAGUCGAACGGAUGUCACGCGUAAUGUUGUCGAGGAAGUUAUCGAAGAAAAAAAAGUUGUGGAAACGGUAGAAACAAAAUUAGAAGAGCCAUUUAGUGAAACAAAAUUGGAAAAACCAUUAACACCACCGCCUAACGAAAGUGAACAACUGGAAACUAAAGGAGAUAAUAAUGAAGAUCCAAUGCAAACAUCAAUAAUCACACCAAUGAUUGACGAUCAAAUUGUAUACCGACGGCAACGACGAAAGAAAAUCAAAUCACAAGACACACCCAAGAAACGUGUUUCUUUUCACGAAGACAUCUUAAAUAGUACGAAAAUCGAUGAUAUUCAUAUUGAUCGUGGUUUUAUUACGCGACAAUGUUCUGAUGGUUUCUAUAAUGAACAUACUCUUCAUAAGAAUGGUAUUGUGCUGGGACGGUAUAGUUGGGCAGCUGAAGGCGAUUCUUCAUGCUAUAAUCGUAAUAAUGUGUACGAACGUGAUGUGAAAUCUGAAAUAAUUACAACAAAUAAUGGUAGUAGCGGAGGCACAUAUUUAUAUCCACAACAAAAUAUUAUCUCGAAUUCAUCGAGUUCAUCGAUGAGUUUAGACGAUUCUUCGUGCUCAAUGUCAUCAUCAUCGUCAAGUGAUGGUGAUUUUAAAGAUGAUUGUGAACUAGGUGGUAUUAUUAAUGGUAUCAAGAAUAUUAAAAAAGUUCCAAAGUCCAGUUGUUUAAAGAAACCAAAGCAUGGUGUUAUCGAUACGAAAAUCGUACAUGAGAAUACAAGUUCCAGGCGGAAUAAUUUAUCACGAAAAAUAUCUGAAUCGAAUUUAUUGGAUACAAAUAAUAUUUUUGGUAGUUUAAAGAAUAUUUAUAAAACAUUAUCGUCAUCGGUACCGUUAACACAACGUGGUGUUCCUGAAGGACAAGAAGAUUUUACUACGCAUUCGGAAUAUUCUUAUGGUACUUCUUCCAAACGGAAUUCAUACUCCAGCAAUGAAACACUUUACUCAAAAAGUUUAGAAACCUCCAACUACAUGAUGAACCAUGUUCAUGAUGUUGUCACCGAAGAGGAACCAGUUACAGAAAUUAUCGAAUCGAGUGAGAAUAGUUUAAUGAUGACAUCGGUGGUAGAACAUCGUCCAAUUAAAAUCUACAAAAAACCAAACUUACGUUUAAGUCGUUCCGAAGGUUUUUAUCCAAAUUAUCCAUACGAUCAACAGCAAUGCGAACAAAAUAUUAUCUUAUGUGAUAGCAAUGUUUACGAACAUCGCGGUAUUAGCUAUUCAUAUGAGUAUGAUCAAUUUCAAAGUACCUUCCAGAAUGAAACUAGUCAGACAUCAUCUACAGCGGCAUCAUCGGUGAAUACAAAGAAUACGACUGGAAGUAGUAAUAAAAAGAGUUCAACGAUUUAUCAAAUGUUAUUGGAUGAGUUAAGUUUUUUAAAACGUUCUGAAAGUAAAACUUCGUCAACGACUAUCACACCAACAUCGUCUCCAUUAUUAGGUGGGGAUCAUGGGAAAAAUCAACAACAAUCGUCGUCAGCUACUUCAACUGUUACAAACUCUCUGACUUCAACGCCUGUUAAAAAACAACAAACUGGUAAAAUGCAAUCAUCAAUACACAGUGAUUGGAGUUCUGAUACCGAAUCAAUAUCCGAUAUCUAUGAUAAAUCAAUACAAUCAACCGCAUCCUCAUCCAAACAUUUACAAUCACCAUUAAAGAAACGUAAUUUAAAACCAAAUCAUUAUUCAAUCCAAAAAUCCACUCUCACCUUAGAUAAUAAUGAUUUAAAAUCAUUAAGCAACAGUACACCAACACUCAAUCAACAAUCAAAUCAAUCAACAUCAAAAACAUCAUUAAUCAAUCGUUUCUUACGGAAUGUAACACAACGGAAAUUAUUUGAAACGAAAUUAAAUCAACAAAUUACAAAUAAAUUCUUAAAUAAGAAUAAUUAUUUAUCGCAAUUAUAUAAUAUUGAUGAUAAAAUGCAACCGAAUCAAGAAUUAUGUAAUCAAUUAAAUCGGGAAAUUAAUGAAGAGUUGGAAGAGUUUAGUAAAGAGAAGAAAAUGGAAGAGAGUGUAUUGGAAAAGAAACAGAAAUAUCAAAAGAUUAAAGAGAAAAUUAUACGACAAACAUCAUGGUGUCAACAAAUUAAUAAUGGUGAUGAAAUGAAUUUUCAUAUAUUUAAAGUUCAAAGUGCAUACAACAUGAUUGGUGAGAAUAAACCAAUAUUAUUAUUAAUAACAAAUACAAUAUUAUUUAUAUUCUCAUUAAAUAAUGAUCAAUAUUAUAAUGAAUUUAUGAUACCAUUAAAAGAGAUCCAUUUUAUAUUGAUUGGUCCAAAUCAACAAACAAUUUAUAUUACAAAUAAUCGACAAACAUUAAUCUAUUUUAUAAUAACAGCGGAUUCGAAAUUAACACAACAGAUUAUCAGUUGUUUAGAAUUUAUAAUACGUACAAAUCAAAAUCAAUCGAAUACGAACACUACAACCAUUCAUUAUCAAUUACCAGCGAUUAAACAAUUCGCAUUAAAUGAUAUGAUACAAUUACGUUAUGCGAUUUAUCAGCAAACAAGUGUUACAAAGGAUGAAGAUUUCUACCAUUACAAUUUAGUUCACAUUGAAGAUGAACAAUUGUUAACAUCAUCAAAAAAAGAUACAACUCCACUAGGUCCAUAUCAUGAUGGAUUCUUAAUGUAUCGUAAAGCACAAACGGAAGAUCGAUGGCAAUUCGGAUAUUUUAUUUUAAAGGCUGGUGUUUUAUACAUGUUUACAUCGCCUACAACGCGUAUACCAAUCAAAGUGAUACAAUUAUACGAUGGUGAAUGUUAUGGAGUACAUAGGACCCCACCUAGACCACGUCCACAUACUUUUGAAUUAUUUACGAAAACUGAAUCAUUAGAAUUUGCUGCAUCCGAUGAAUAUGAAGCAAGUGAUUGGUUACAGGUCUUUGUACAAUCUGCUAGUGGGACUCAAAUAUUGAAUGAAAUAAAACCCACACAAAAAGAAGAACAAAAUCAAGAAUCAACAACGUCUGCAUGCAGUUUAAUAUUAACCAGUGAACACUUGGUGACUGUACGAGAAUGUUUUAAUUUUAAUGCACAAAAUCAAAAACAAGACACUCAUCAAUCCACCUCACAACAUCAAGAUGGUGGUGUUCAAACAUUAUCGUGUGCAGCUAUCUCUGAUUUGACAUCAUUUAAAAUACCUUCUUCGACGUCGUCAGCAGCUAAUGAUGAUGAACAACAAAGUUGGUGUAUUUUGGAGUUUUCGUGCCGGGAAGUUAGCGAAACUAGUGGUGAUUGGAUUUUGUAUUUUUCAUCGUUUUUCGAAUUAAAUCAAUUUUUAUCAACUUUUGAAGUAUUAUGGUCGUAUACUAACACGCAGGGUGAUAAAUUUCCAUUAAUAAAAAUUAAUGAAACAGAUAAUUUAAUUUAUCGUCAUGCAUCUGAAACUUAUCGUGUGCUUCAACAAGCUUGGAUAAGUUUUCAAUAAAAUGGAUUUUGUAUAAAUUAGAAGAGUCCAGAGAAAAACAUCUUCAAUCCAUGUGAUGGAUUAUUUAU